CGGGCCGGCCUCGGUGGGAAGGAGCGGCGAAGGCGCGCAGUUUGCGCUCGUUGCAAGCGGGGCGGACGAGGGGAAGCUCGCCCAACUGCAUUAACGAUGGAGGAAUAUGAGAAAUUCUGCAAGAAGCACCUGGCUAGGAUACAAGGAGAGUUUAUGGAGAAUGGAAUGUCUCCCAUUGUUCAGCCUAGAUAUGUAUCCCUUAUUCGAUUUAAUGGGGUCCCCGUGCUUUCUCCUCUGCUGACUCUGGAGAAGAAGAAAGAGCUUCAGCAGGACAGGCAGAAGGCUCUGGACCUAGAAUGCUGGCGACAGAAUUCCAAGCAGAGGCUUUUGCUGACCCGGGUUGAGGAAAUAAUGGCCAAUGUGCAGAUGAAAAAGAUGUCCAGCCAAAGCGAUUUAGAUCAGUCUGAGAAAGAGAAUAUUCAUUUGGAUUUAGAAUCAGAAGUGUUGAGCGGCUCUGCAACAGAACCCUGCAGCCUUUUGCUGGAUUCUACUGCUUUGGGUGAACAUCUAGAACCCCAAAAGGCCCCAGAUGUUAAGCCAAUGGAGACCCAGGGCGCAGCAAUCAGGAACGCUUUUGAAGGAACGGAACAAUUUAUCCCUCCUAAUGCCACAGAAACUUCCAGUAGUUCUUUAGAAAAGAGAGUUGGCUCAGGAGGUCCGUUUUCCAGUCUUCCAAGCCCACCUCCUUCCAAAGAGAUUGCCAAGAAAGAUUCCGCUGAGCCUGGCCUCGGUGCUGGGGAAGGUACCGACCCAUACGUCAUGAGCCUUCAGAACCUCUUAAAAAAAUCCAGGGAGUACAUUCAGAGAGAACAGACGCGACGGAGCCUGCGAAACAGUUCCAAGAGAAACAACCCCGGAAGCCACCCAGAUAAAGAAAACAGUGCGGUGAAAAUGAACGAGCUGGGGAAAGAGAGAGGAAAAUUGACAGGCAGGAAUACUCCAGUUGCAACCCCGGAAAAACCCGGCCUUAUCAAGCCCGGUGCUCCUCAACCUUCCUUAACCGCUAAAAAUCAUUCCGGUGGAAUGACCUCACCCAGUUUUUCUAAAGUCGAUAUCCCAAUGAGGUCCGGAACGCCUCCCAUUUUGGACUCGGAUUCGGAUGAAGACUUCAAAAACCUCUCUCUCUUCGGGAAGGACAGCCUGCUCCGGACCUUCACAGGGUCUUACUCAAAACUUCCCAGUCCGGAGCCAAGCCUGAGCCCCAAGAUGCACCGGAGACGGCCCAGGCCCUCUUCCGUAGGGCACAUCGUCAUCACCAACCCCGUGAACGCCUACGAGUUGAGUCCCAAAGCCAAGGGAAGAGCUGCGGACUUGAUCGCUCAGGAGACCUCCGCUCCUGUGCCAAACCUCUCUGCAGAUCUCGUCCCUGCGUCUCCCCGCAAAGCUCAGGCGUUUGACAAGAGCUCUUCCAAUACCUUCAACGAGCUUGUCGUGGGGAAACGCAACGAAGCAUCUCCACUUCCGGCGCAUCAGCGAGAAGGCGGAAACUCCCUGGCCCAUCCCACCGUAGGAGAGUUGACGUUAGAAAACGGAGCGGCGUCGAGCAGUUGCCUUGCAGAUCUCAGCCCCUGGCAGCUGCAGGAUGGGAGCGGUGCCCGGUUGACCCAGAACCCAGCCCAGACCGAAAGCCCAUCGGACAAAGUCAAGGGCAGUGGGGCCACGGAACUCAACAAAUCCUACGACGUUCAGCACCCGUCUCCCUUGCUGAUGCAGAUGCAGAGCCAGCCACCUCUGGAUACCCUGGAAGUGACCUUCGGAAACGAGCAGCUGUUGGAAAACAGGUUGGAAAAGGUGAAAUGUAGACUUGAGCUGGAGGUGGAGGCGGUGCAGAAGGAGAACGCACCGAGGGUUGUGCCCGCGGAAGAGAGACGAUGGCCACACGAUGAUCAGAGGUAUCUGGGUAGAGCUGGGCUCGAGGCCAAGAGCGAAACCCCACCACGAUGCCUCAGAGAAGAGGAAGCAUUAAGGCAGAAGAUGUGGGCCCUGGCAGAGCUGAGGCAGAAGCUGGAAGAACAACAUGCCCAGCAGUUGUCGUUGUUGAUAGCAGGGCAAGAACAGGAACAAGAGAGGCUCCAGAAGGUGAGAA